AUGAGGGACUGCCAAAGAAGAAGAAGAUACCAUAUAUAUUGCCUUUUCAAGGAGAAGAUUAUGUCAAAAUUUGACAAAGUUCUUCGGGUAAAUCCGAUCGAGCGGCAGCUGCGGCGGGACAAGCGCGACGCGCGCCGGGAGCUCAAGCUGCUGCUGCUGGGCACAGGAGAAAGUGGAAAAAGUACCUUUAUUAAACAGAUGAGGAUUAUUCAUGGAUCAGGUUACACAGACGAGGACAGGAAAAGCUUCACAAAAUUGGUUUAUCAAAACAUAUUUACUGCCAUGCAAGCUAUGAUCAGAGCCAUGGAUACAUUAAAGAUACAGUACACUUCUGCAGAGAACAAGGAAAAUGCUCAGACAAUCAGAGAGGUGGAGGUAGAUAAAGUAACAAUGUUGGAAAGAAAGCAAGUGGAAGCAAUCAAGAAGCUCUGGGAAGACCCAGGAAUCCAAGAGUGCUAUGACAGACGGAGAGAAUACCAGCUCUCUGAUUCUGCUAAAUAUUACCUUACCGACAUUGAUCGUAUCGCUAUGCCAUCAUUUGUGCCAACUCAGCAAGAUGUCCUUCGUGUCAGAGUGCCAACCACUGGAAUUAUUGAGUACCCUUUUGAUUUAGAAAACAUCAUUUUUAGGAUGGUAGAUGUCGGUGGCCAGAGGUCUGAAAGGAGAAAGUGGAUUCACUGCUUUGAAAGUGUUACUUCCAUCAUUUUCUUAGUUGCAUUAAGUGAAUAUGACCAGGUCUUGGCUGAAUGCGAUAAUGAGAAUCGAAUGGAAGAAAGCAAGGCCUUAUUUAAAACUAUCAUCACAUAUCCCUGGUUUCUGAACUCUUCAGUCAUUUUGUUCUUAAACAAAAAGGAUCUUUUAGAAGAGAAAAUCAUGUACUCCCACCUAAUCAGCUAUUUCCCAGAAUACACAGGACCUAAGCAAGAUGUCAAAGCUGCCAGAGACUUCAUUUUGAAGCUAUAUCAGGAUCAGAAUCCAGACAAAGAGAAAGUAAUCUACUCCCAUUUUACUUGUGCCACAGACACGGAGAAUAUACGCUUUGUCUUUGCGGCUGUCAAGGAUACUAUCCUACAGUUAAACCUGAGGGAGUUCAAUCUAGUGUAAAGAAAAAAACACAGCUUAGAUCAAGAGAGUAAUUUAUCCAGAUAGUGUAGCUCAUUUAAAAAAAAACCCCAUUGUUUGCAGACUUUAACAAUCGCUACAAAAGACCAAGUAAUGCAGGUACAUAGAUGGCUGUUGUCCUCUGAAAUAGUGUACUUACAGAAAUGGAGGCUUUUCUGUACAUUUGAUGACAUUGAAAUGUUUAUGGAAACUAAUGGAUUAGUAGAACUUUAAGGAAGAAGGUCCAAAUUUGAUGGAUUUUUUUAAAACUAUAUAUUUUAAUAAUUGUUUUAAUUUUUCCUCUUGAUUUUGGUUUUGAGAUUUUUUUUGGUGAAAAGUAUGGUUUUAAGGGUAUUUAAGAAAAGAUAUUUUGUAGAAUUAUAUAUAAGUCUAUUUCCCAUCUACCUGGCAUUUUCUUACUUUUUAAAAUGCAUUUGAUAACCAUUUACAAACAUGGUAUAGAUUUUAAUCAGAGAUGCCUUUAUAAAUUAUGAUAAAAUAAUAGUUUUAGGAUGCUAGAUACUUUAAGAUUCUUUUCAAGUUAGACUGAGCUAUUAAUAUUUUCAAUGAGUGUAAAGCUAUGUGGUAAUGUAAUACUUCAGCAUUUUUAUUAGAGGUAUUUUUGCUAGGUUGACAUGCCAAGCAUGUUAAGGCUGUCUUUGAAAUGUUACAGAAGAUUAAUUAUUGGUGUCCAUGAGGCAAUAUUGCACCUGAGUCAAAAGUAUAAU